UCUCCCUCUCUCUCACACUCACACACACACACUUACUCUAAAACACUUGCACGCAAACAAAAAGACACACACACACACUUGUCUCUCUCUUUCAUGUAUUCUUCUUUCACCUCAUGGUCUUCCGCCACCGCCUAUAUACCUCUAUGCUUUCCUUCCCAUCAAAACUCUGUCUUCAAUUUCUCUUCAUAUGCUCCAAUCCCAUACCAUCACCAUGGACGCCGGCGAAUUCGAACAGCUUUUCCAGUCAAAUUCUCACACACUAUACCACAAACCCAUCUUCGUAUACCAAUAAAACCCGACUCAUUUCGAUUUAUAUCAUCAUCUAGGGAAAAAGUGGAUAAAGGAAAAGACCCAUCUGCUUAUAAUCACGAGAACGUGCUCAAGGUCAUUGCAAAGCCAAUUUUGUACACAUUUUUCUGUAUUGUUGUUGGGUUAUGCCCAAUUGGGGGGCUUAAAGUGCCCGCCUUCGCAGCUACUCUAGUGGCCAGUGAAACAAUUCAGAGGCCCAAAGGUAAAGAAAAAGAGGAGGGGGUCAUUCAAAAUGGCCAUGAAUACUCAGAUUGUACAAGGAGAUUAUUAGAAACCGUGUCGGGUUUACUUAGGACUGUAGGGGAGGUUAGGUCCAAUAAUGGGGAUGUAAAGAAUGUUGAGGCGGCAUUAAAAGAGGUGAAAAUGAAGAAGAAAGAGUUGCAAGAGGAGAUUAUGAGUGAACUUUACGCUGAGUUGAGAGUGUUGAAGGGAGAGAAAGAGGGGUUGGCUAAAAGGUCUGAUGAGAUUCUUGAUAUGGUGUUGAAGGGAAAGAGGGAGGAAGAAAGUUUGUUGAGGAAGGGAAGUGCGGAAGAAGGGGUGAAGGAGCGGAUUGCCAAGUUGGAGGAGGAAAUGAGCGAGGGUGAAAAGGUUUAUAAUUUGAUAUGGGAGAGGAUUGGGGAGAUCGAGGAUCAAAUUUUGAGGAAGGAGACAGUGGCUUUGAGUAUUGGCGUAAGGGAGCUUUCAUUUAUAGAGAGGGAAUGUGAGGCCUUGGUGGAGAGAUUUACUCGAGAUUUAAGGACACAAAGCAUUGACAGUGUGUCUAAAAGCUCUGUUAGCAAGCAUUCUAGAUUUGACAUUCAGGAAGAAUUGCAAACUGCGCAAAGACAAUUCUGGGAGCAGAUAAUUCUGCCAAGUGUUUUGGAAAAUGAGGAUAUUGGACAUCCCUUCGAUCAAGGAUCCCUAGUUUCUGCUCAACGCAUAAAAGAAGCACUUCAAGGUUCAAGAGAUAUGCAGAGGAAUCUUGAGGCUGGUAUAAAGAAAAAUAUGAAGAGGUUUGGUGAAGAAAAGCGUUAUGUUGUAAACGCACCAGUGGAUGAGGUGGUGAAGGGUUUUCCAGAAGUUGAGCUGAAGUGGAUGUUUGGACAUAAGGAGGUUGUGGUUCCGAAGGCUGUUGGGCUCCAUUUGUUUAAUGGGUGGAAGAAGUGGCGUGAACAAGCUACAACAGACCUUAAAAAAAAGUUGUUAGAAGAUGUUGAACUAGGUAAAAAAUAUGUGGCGCAAAGACAGGAACGCAUCCUUCUAGAUCGGGAUAGAGUUGCUUCAAAGACUUGUUACAAUGAAGAAAGAAAAAGAUGGGAAAUGGACCCAAUAGCUGUUCCUUAUGCUGUCUCCAGGAAACUUGUGGAGAAUGCUCGAAUCAGGCAUGAUUGGGCCGUCAUGUACAUUGCACUGAAGGGUGAUGACCUGGAAUACUAUGUUGAUUUAAAGGAAUGCGAAAUGGUGUUUGAAGAUUUUGGAGGGGUUGACGGGUUAUAUUUGAGAAUGCUUGCAUCUGGUAUUCCAAUUGCUGUUCAGCUGAUGUGGAUCCCUUUUUCAGAGUUGGAUCUUCGUCAACAGUUGCUCUUGAUUAUUAGGCUCACUCAUAAAUGCUUGACUGGAUUAUGGAAUACUAGAAUUGUAUCAUAUGCAAGAGAGUGGGUUGUUGAGAAAGUAAAAAAUGUGAAUGACGACAUAAUGAUGAUGAUUGUUUUUCCUGUUGUGGAGUUCAUUAUUCCUUACCCGGUAAGGAUGCAGUUGGGGAUGGCUUGGCCCGAGUAUAUAGAUCAAUCUGUGGGCUCAACUUGGUACUUGAAGUGGCAAUCUGAGGCCGAAAUGAGCUUUAAAUCCAGGAAAACAGAUGAAUUCCAGUGUUUGUGUUUGCUUCCUGGAGACCUAUUUCUUUUUGAAGUUCAGUAG